UUCAGUAACGACAGCUUCAGUUCGAGAAAUAUUCAUAAAAAUUUGAAGUCUUAAAAUUUUCCGUGGAGACCAUUUAAUAACAAAAAUUGUAUAAGUGUUAAAUAAUACUAUUGCCAUGGAGGUUGGCGUGUCCCUAACGAACGAACUUGAGAUAUUAAUUGCGGAAGCGUUUUGUAUUUUUGAUACGCAUGGUGAUAAGUACAUAGAUACCCGAAAUGUGGGCAACGUCCUCCGGUUCUUGGGCUGUGUACCCUCAGAAAAGGAGGUCCAAGCUGUGAUUAAGGCCACAGAGUCUCAUGAGUACCCUGGCGAGGCUCAUUUAAUCAAGUUUAUGGGCCAUGUCUCCCUACUGCUGAUGGACAAACAAAUGCAACCGGCUUCGGCUGAAAAGAUUCUCGAGGCCUUUGAGACCCUAGAUCCAGAGAAUAAAAAAUAUCUGACCAAGGAGUAUUUUGGAAAGUUGAUGUCGGAGGAAGGGGAACCUUUCACUAACGAGGAACUGGAAGCAAUGUGGCCCGUGGCCAUUGAUCCAAUCACAGGAAAUGUUCCCUUUACCUUUUACAUCAACCAGCUAAAGCACAAGCCACAAAUCUAUGACAUUGCCGAAGUGAUUAGGGAGGAAUUGGCCGAAAAAGCAGAAAAGGAAAAGGGCAAAAAGCCGGCACCGAUGGUCAUGCCAACUUCAUGAUAGAUACAAAAAUAAUAUUUCAUUG